UUUUACUAAUGAAUUGUUUUCUUUGCAGUACAUCAUGCAGAUCUUCGUGAAAACCCUCACUGGGAAGACUAUUACUCUUGAAGUAGAACCUUCAGACACCAUUGAAAAUGUAAAGGCAAAAAUUCAGGAUAAGCUAGACAUCCCCCCAGACCAACAGAGAUUGAUCUUUGCUGGUAAGCGGUUGGAGAAUUGUCGCAUUCUUUCUGACUACAAUAUCCAGAAGGAAUCUACACUGCGUCUUAUUAGAGGAGGAAUGCAGAUCUUUGUGAAAACCCUUACAGGAAAGACCAUUACCCUAGAAGUAGAACCUUCAGACACCAUUGAAAAUGUAAAGGCAAAAAUUCAGGAUAAGGAAGGCAUCCCCCCAGAUCAGAGAUUGAUCUUUGCUGGUAAGCAGUUGGAGGAGGAUUGUCGAACUCUUUCUGACUACAAUAUCCAGAAGGAAUCUACACUCCAACUUAGAGGAGGAAUGCAGAUCUAUGUGAAAACCCUUACAGGAAAGACCAUUACUCUAGAAGUAAAACCUUCAGACACCAUUGAAAAUGUCAAGGCAAAAAUUCAGGAUAAGGAAGGCAUCCCCCCAGACCAGCAGAUAUUGAUCCUUAGAAGUGUGUAUGUGUCAGUUGGAUUUCGCACUCUUUCUGACUACAAUAUCCAGAAGGAAUACAAUAUCCAGAAGGAAUCUACACUCCAUUUGGUAUUGCGUCUUGGAAAAGAUUUAAUGGUCUUUUUGAAAAAAAAUAAAGUAUUCCGGAUGAAAUGUUCAAAUUUCCUUUAA